AUUAUUUUUGUUGUGUAGACCGCAGCCCUGUAAGCACCUACCUGUAUAGGGUCUGCUGGGAUAUCAAGCUGGGUUUUAAGGCUGGAGUUGGAUCAUAUUUUCCCAUAAAGCUUUAAGUUUGAGGAUUUUUUGCCUGGGACAGAAAAACAGAUAGGAAGCAAGAAACUUGGAAACUCAGGGCUCGUACAGGGAGCGGCCUGCAGCAUGUCUGGAUCUAUACCAUUCUACCAGAAGCAUCAUCGCCACUAUGACCGUGGCUACCGUAGAAAGGAGAUGGAGUCUACGUUGAGCCAGUACCAGGCCAGCAGCAGCAGCAGCAGCAGCAGAUACAUGGCUGGUAGCAGCUCCUCUGUCAGCAGUAGGAGCAGAGGACUGAAAGUGUCCUCACACUCUGGGCUGGAACAGAGCAGACUGAGUCCUGUACCAAAUAGAGCAAAGCCAACUUACUUGGCUGUGGACAAAGAAAACCAAAUCAUCGGUUAUGUAGUGCCGAUCUUCAGGGGCAGUCAAGAGUUUGUUACAGGACUUUCAGAUACAGAGGAAGCAAGGGUGAGGGACACUGCUGCAUACAUGGCUCGCAGGGAUUUGUUCACCAGUGGCGUGGAGAUGGAGAGGUCACAGAUCUCCAGGAAGGAGGCCAUGCGCGAGUCAGCUGAGCGCAUCUCUCUGAACAAAAGGCUCCAUGAACACGAGGAACACUUCAAGCGCAUGAACGAAGACAGCCUGAUGCACGCCCCGGAGUUUGUGAUUAAACCUCGCUCCCACACAGUGUGGGAGAAGCAGUGUGUGCGGCUGCACUGCACUGUUACUGGCUGGCCCGAGCCCCGGGUCGUCUGGUACAAAAACAAUGUGCCAAUUGAACCCCUUGCCAACCCUGGCAAGUAUAACCUUGAGAGCAAAUACAGCGUGCAUUCACUGGAGAUCAACAAAUGUGAUUUCGAUGACACGGCGCAGUAUCACGCCUCUGCCAUGAACUCCAAAGGGGAGCUCUCUGCGUUUGCCUCUAUCAUUGUUAAACGGUUCAAAGGGGAAGUUGAUGAGUACCUGCCAUCACCGAGGCGGGCCGUUUCUCAAGAUGGUCCAGUGUCUGAAUAUGGCAUCAACUUCGAGACACACAUCGUCGAUAGGUUUGGUGUGUCAUUUGGAAGAGAGGGGGAGACCAUGAGUCUGGGGUGCACAGUCAUCAUCUACCCUACUCUGCAUCGCUACCAGCCAGAGGUGCAGUGGUACAAAGAUGAUGUUCUGCUGUCUCCAUCCAAAUGGUAUAACAUGCACUGGAGCGGCGACAGAGCCACACUGACGCUCACACACCUCAACAAAGAGGACGAGGGUCUCUACACUCUGCGCGUCACCACCAAGUCUGGAUAUGAAACCUACUCGGCCUAUAUCUUCGUCAGAGAUUCUGAUGCUGAGAUUGAAGGUGCACCAGGUGCUCCCCUGGAUGUUCGCUGUCUGGAUGUCAACAAGGACUACAUUAUAGUCACUUGGAAGCAGCCAGCUGUUGAUGGUGGAAACUCCAUCCUGGGCUACUUUGUGGACAGGUGUGAGGUUGGCACCACUCAUUGGAUCCAGUGCAAUGACACUCCAGUCAAGUUCGCCCGUUUCCCUGUGACCGGUCUCGUGGAGGGUCGCUCUUAUAUUUUCCGCGUGCGUGCCGUCAACAAGAGUGGCAUGAGUCACCCGUCCAGAGUGUCUGAGCCUGUGGCUGCCAUGGACCCAGCAGACCGCGCCCGCAUGAGAGGAACUUCUGCCCCCUGGACCGGACAAAUCAUCGUCACAGAGGAGGAGCCUGCAGAGGGCGUUGUUCCAGGCAGACCCCUUGAGCUACAGGUUACAGAAGCAACCAAGAACUAUGUUGUCCUGAGUUGGAAGCCACCUGGGGAGAAAGGCCUGGAGGGAGUCAUGUACUAUGUGGAAAAGUGUGUCUCAGGCACAGACAGCUGGCAGAGAGUGAACACGGAGAUCCCUGUCAAGUCUCCUCGUUUCGCAUUGUUUGAUCUCGCUGAAGGGAAGUCCUACAGUUUCCGCGUCAGGUGCUGCAACUCUGCCGGUGUCGGUGAACCCUCUAACCCAACUGAGGCCUUCACAGUCGGUGACAAGCUUGAUAUCCCAUCUGCCCCAGGCAAAGUGGUUCCCACGAGAAACACCGACACGUCAGUAGUUGUGUCUUGGGAGGCGUCCCGUGACGCCAAAGAGUUGGUGGGAUACUACAUUGAAGGGAGCAUCGUGGGCAGCCACGUGUGGGAGCCGUGCAACAACAAGCCGGUGAAUGUAACCAGGUUCAUCUGCCACGGGCUGAUGACAGGAGAGAAGUACGUGUUCAGGGUGAGGGCAGUGAACGCAGCAGGGCUCAGUCAGUUCUCACCGGAGUCUGAGCCUGUGGAGGUGAAGGCUGCUAUUGCCUCCCCUGCUCCACCCUUUGGCAUCAGUGUGCUGGAGUGUGUGCACGAUUCCAUGGUCCUGGCCUGGAAACAGCCGACCUUCAUCGGCGGCGCUGACAUCACCGGCUACUUUGUGGAUUACCGUGAGGUCAUCGAUGGCCUGCCGGGGAAAUGGCACGAGGCCAACAUCAGGGCUAUCAGUGAGAGGGCCUACAGAGUGUCCGACCUGAAGGAGAACAUGAAGUACCAGUUCCAGGUGCGAGCUGCCAACAUGGCAGGUGUUGGGAUCCCGUCACUGCCGAGUAACACUUUCCUGUGUGAGGAGUGGACCAUCGCUGUGCCAGGACCUCCUCAUGACCUGCAGAUCAGAGAGGUGCGAAGUGAUUCUCUGUCAUUGCUAUGGAAACCACCCGUGUACCAGGGCCGCGAUCCAGUCAACGGCUUCUACAUUGACAUCAAGGAAGCUGAAGCCCCCGAGGAGGCAUGGAGAGGAGUCAACAACAAGGCGACGGAGAAGACGUUCAUGAAGAUUAAGAAUCUGAAGGAAGGAGCAGUGUACGUGUUCCGUGUACGUGCUCAGAAUAAAGCCGGUGUUGGUAAAACCUCUGACGUCACAGAGCCAGUCCCAGCUCUGACCAAACCAGGCACCAAGGAGAUAGUGGUGGAUGUGGACGACGACGGCGUUAUCUCUCUGAACUUUGAAUGCUGUGACCUGACCCCUGACUCCAAAUUUGUUUGGUCCAAGAAUUAUGAGGAUAUCACAGACGCAUCUCGCUUGACAGUAGAGACAAAGGGAAACAAGUCUAAAGCGGUUUUCAAUGCUCCUGCGGAGGAGGACAUUGGCCUGUACUCCUGCCUUGUCACCCACACGGAUGGUGCUUCAUCCAGCUACGAUCUCUCUGCAGAAGAGCUGAAGAGGCUACUGGUGGUCAGUCACGAGCACAAAUUUCCCAUUAUUCCCCUGAAGUCAGAGUUGGCCGUGGAGAUGCUGGAGAAAGGCAAAGUUCGCUUCUGGCUGCAGGCGGAGAAGAUUUCAGCCGAUGCCAAAGUCGAAUACGUGUUCAAUGACAACCUUAUCUCUCAGGGGGAGAAAUAUAAGAUGAACUUCGACAAGAGUAGUGGCAUCAUUGAGAUGGUCAUGGAUUCUCUGACCCCGGCGGACGAGGGCACCUUCACUUUCCAGCUAAAAGAUGGGAAAGCGACAAACCAGUCCAGCCUGGUUCUGAUAGGAGACGUUUUCAAGGAGCUACAGAAGGAAUCUGAGUUUCAGAGAAAAGAGUGGUUCAGAAAACAAGGUCCUCACUUUAUCGAGUAUUUGAGUUACGAGUUGACACCAGAGUGUUGUGUGGUGCUGAAAUGCAAGGUUGGAAAUGUGAAGAAGGAAACGUCAGCUGUGUGGUACAAAGACGGACGUGAGAUCAAAUCGGACGAGCAUCUGGGCUUCACAGAGGGAGUGUUGAAGCUGGAAAUAGCUCAGUGCACCUGUCCCGCAGACACAGCAGUCGGAGAGAAAAUCGGGAAAACCUUAAAAAUUUCCAAGAAAGACGCUGGAGUGUAUGAGGUUGUUCUGAAGGACGACAGAGGAAAGGACACGUCCACUUUGAAUUUGACAGAUCAAGGUUUCAAGGAUUUGAUGAAUGAGGUUUUCAGUUUCAUUGCCAAUUCCUCCACCCCACUGAAGAUCACCAGCACAGAAAAGGGCAUCAGACUCUACACCUUUGUCAACUUCUAUACCGAUUUACUCCAAGUAACAUGGCACUACAAGGACUCGGCCAUCUCCUUCUCUGAGCGUAUAAAGAGCGGUGUGGUCGGGGAGCAGCUGUGGCUGCAGAUCACAGAGCCCACAGAGAAAGACACAGGCAAAUACGCCAUCGAGUUCCACGACGGAAAGGGCGGCCUGAGGAGAACCGUGGAGUUGUCUGGUCAAGCAUUUGAUGAUGCUUUCGCAGAAUUCCAGAGACUCAAAGCUGCUGCUGUUGCAGAGAGAGGUCGUGCUCGAGUCGCAGGAGGGUUGCCUGACGUGGUCACCAUCCAGGAGGGCAAGGCUCUCAAUCUCACCUGCAACAUUUCUGGCGACCCCUCGCCAGAGGUCACCUGGCUAAAGAACGACAGGGAGAUCACAUCAGACGAUCACAUCAUCCUGAAGUUCGAGUCCGGCAAGUUCGCCAGCUUCACCGUCACCGCCGUGAAGACGUCGGACUCCGGGAAAUACAGCAUCCUGGUGAAGAACAAGUACGGUACAGAGAGCGGAGACUUCACCAUAAGUGUCUUCAUCCCUGAUGAGCUGGAAAGCGCUGAUCUCGGGGUCACCUCGUACUGGACAGACACAGAGGGGAACGUAGAGUUCGGCCCAAACACCCCGAAGGAAGAGAUGAAAACCCUGAUCACUGGGAGGGAGAAGCAGAGAAGGAAGCAAUCUGUUGCCAAGUCACCCACUGAGGGAACAGAGGAGAGCACAAAGACGAGGAGGAAGAGUAAGGAGCCAGAGGAGCAGAAAAAUAAGGCUCCUCCUCCUGCUGCUGCUCCUGCAGAAACAAAACCUUCAGAUUCAGAACAAAAUGAAGAUGCAAAGGAAGAUUUGACCAACAAAUCAGAAACUCAUGAGUAGCCUGCAGACACACUGGCUGGCUGGCAUACACAUUAAUAGGUUUGAUAUAAUCGUUGUGGUUUGAGUUAUAAUUAUAUACAUAUAUAUAUAUAUAUAUAUAUCUAAUGUCAUAAAUCACUAUCACAGACAUUUAACCACACAGCAUAAACUGUUUGUGUCAUUUUUGAC